GCACAGGGAACAUUUCGAUAUAUUCUUCUUGCAGCAGAUAACUUCUAUGAAAAAAUGAGUAAAAAUCAAAAAGAAAGAAAAAUAUUAAUGUCACAAAUAAGAAGUUAUCGAUAUCGUACUGCACCAUUUGAUAUACCUUUCAGGUGGUAUUAUGGCAAACGUUGUACAUGGCUUUCUUUAAGUAAAAUUGAAAAUAUGCAGAAGCUUUCUGCUUUUUAUCUUGCAAAUUCGAAAAAAGAAUUACCAUAUUUUUCCGCUAACAAUAAAGUACAAGAUGUAGAGUUUCCAGAAGAAGAAGUGCUUAAAAUUGAGAAAUUGUUGAAUCUUGAUGCAGCUGAUUUUACAAACGACUUAGGUGAAAUAGUUUUUGAUACUAACUUCGAGUCUUCUGAAGAGAAAAAUGUUAAUGUUCAAAUUAAUGAUGCUGAGGGCAAUGUUGAUGAGGAAAAUUGGGAUCCUGAAAAGGAAGCUGAUAUAAU